GUCCAUCUAGAUCCAGUUUAAUGGAAUUAUGAAAGAUCUGAAUCCUGGAGAUUUUGUCAAUGAAAACUUUGCAGCGAAUUACAACCCCAGUUUGUAUAUCAGUAGCAUAAACUGCAGUCUCCUUCCGACCACUAAAGGGGGCAAUGGAGCUCAACAUCGCGCUUGUCGAGCAGUGGCUACUUGCAUUAUAUUCAGGUACAACAGAGAGUAUAUCACGAUGAUCCCAUGACCAUUUGAAGCAGCCGUCGUAUCCUUGAAGCCGGUAAUCCACAGAGUACGUCAUCUUAGGAGGGAGCAGUAUGUUGACAUCACCAAUGUGAGGGCCGGAGCUGGCCAUCGGCGACGGCGACCAGGAUGACGCUGUCUCCGCCGCAAUGAUAAGCAAGGAAACUAUCCAGAGUGAACUUCCGAGCAUCUUGAAGGGCAUGACGCUGUCGCAUCUACUAGUAGCUAUGCCGGAGAGUGAAGCAGUGGACGGACGAGGGAGCAAAGAAGGUGGAGGGAAGAAGGAAGACAUGGCGGGAUACUAUAAAACCUAAGGCCUGGGUUUUAGCAUUUUUAAUUUCCUUGAGGCGAGAGAGAGAGAAAGGAAAGUUCAAAGUUAAAUCGGAGAAAAAGGGAAGAAGGAAAAGGAGGGGAAAGUGGAAACUACAAAGACACUAAUAACUCGCCAAAAUAUCACGCAAUAAUGCGAUAUUUUACUCAUAUCUCCAAUAUUGCUGAUACCACCUCCUCCGUGCUUUCGCCACCAUUUUUCUUGGCGAAGUAAGCCCCUGAUCGGCGCAAGCCAACGGCAUGGUUUCCCGCUGCCCUUUUCUGUCUGGCCCGGAUGCUCCGUUAGCCAGUUAAAACCCGGCGGGUUGCCCGGUGCCGGUUGAAACCAAGCAUCGAAGGUUGCUCCAGCAUCCCCUGCAAAAGAAGCACAAGUUGACAAAAUCUCGAGUCAUCGGCCUUAUCCAUCAAAAGAACGGCAAUUUUCUAUUCCAAUAAUAGACAGCGACUAACUGGACUCCUUUAUUCCCUCACUGAAACCUAUUGCCAUGGCGUGAAUUGCUGUGUAUAUAUACCUCCGUCAGUCUACUUCUUCUACUGCAGCCGCCGUGUGUGUAUUUCUCGAUGGAGAAGAAGAUUGAACUUAGAAUGAGGCCAUGGUUGUUCUCCGCUGCUCUUUUUUGCACGAUUCUGCUAUCGAUUCCAUGCGGGGAAUCCAAAUUCAUGGUGUACAACACUUCGCAAGGAAUAGUUCCUGGGAAGCUUAAUGUUCACCUGGUUCCCCAUACCCACGACGAUGUUGGGUGGUUGAAGACCGUUGACCAGUACUAUGUUGGCUCCAACAAUUCCAUCCAGGGUGCCUGCGUGCAGAACGUUUUGGAUUCUCUGAUUCCGGCAUUGCUGGCUGACAAGAAUCGCAAGUUCAUCUACGUUGAAAUCGCAUUUUUCGAAAGAUGGUGGAACGAGCAGAGUGAAACAAUGAAGCACGUAGUCAAGCAGCUUGUGUCGUCGGGGCAGCUAGAAUUCAUAAAUGGGGGAAUGUGCAUGCAUGAUGAGGCGGUGACCCAUUACAUUGACAUGGUUGACCAAACGACUCUUGGACACAGGUUCAUCAAAAGGGAAUUUGGUGUGACACCAAGGAUUGGUUGGCAAAUCGACCCUUUUGGACAUUCUGCAGUCCAGGCAUACUUGCUGGGAGCUGAGGUUGGUUUCGACUCCUUUUUCUUUGGCCGGAUAGAUUACCAGGACAGGGAAAAACGUAAGGGUGAGAAGAGUCUCGAAACGGUGUGGCAGGGUUCCAAGAGUCUUCCUGCAUCAAAGAUUUUUGCUGGUGCAUUCCCAACAAACUAUGAGCCUCCACCUGGUGAUUUCUACUUUGAAGUUAAUGAUCCCUCCCCUGUAGUUCAGGAUGACAUCAAUUUGUUUGAUUAUAAUGUUCCGGAUCGAGUAAAUGACUUCGUUGCUGCUGCCAUAUGGCAGGCGAACAUUACUCGAGGAAACCAUGUUAUGUUUACUAUGGGAACAGAUUUCAAGUAUCAGUAUGCAAACUCUUGGUUUCGCCAGAUGGACAAGCUGAUUCACUAUGUGAACAUGGAUGGACGUGUAAAUGUUCUCUACUCUACCCCAUCCAUAUAUACUGAUGCCAAGCAUUCUGCAAAUGAGGCAUGGCCACUAAAGACCGAAGACUUUUUCCCCUAUGCAGACCGUGCAAAUGGUUUCUGGACAGGAUACUUUACGAGUCGACCAGCCUUGAAACGCUAUGUCAGAGUGAUGAGUGGCUAUUACUUGGCUGCAAGGCAACUAGAGUUUUUCAAUGGAAAGAGUAAGCUUGGUCCUAAGACCGACUUAUUGGCAGAUGCACUAGCAAUUGCCCAGCAUCAUGAUGCUGUUGCUGGGACAGAAAAGCAACAUGUAGCUAAUGAUUAUGCCACACGGCUUGCAAUUGGGUACAAAGAGGCAGAAAAGGUAGUUGCAACUUCACUCAGUUGCUUGUUCGAAUCCCAGUCUCGUACAGGAUGUCAGAGCCCAACCAUUAAAUUUGAAGAGCUUGACUUAAAAAAUAAAAAAUCUGCAUGCUUGAUAGUUGAUACACUUGCUAUACUACAGUCUUAUGUUCCUUUUUUCAUUCCUCCCUCAUCCUCCAUGCAGUGCCCCCUUCUGAAUAUAAGUUACUGCCCUGCGGCCGAGAACACCCCUCUUGGAAAGAAGUUGGUGGUUGUUGUCUACAAUUCUCUUGGUUGGUUAAGAGAUGAAGUGAUCAACAUACCGGUUACUAACGAUAACGUAAUUGUGCGUAAUCCCGAGGGAAAAGAAGUGGAAGCUCAACUCAUUCCUGUGGUGGAUGCCUAUCUAAGCUUGAGGAACUUCCAUGUUCAGGCAUACCUUGGUACAAAACCAGCAAAAACACCUAAAUAUUGGCUUGCAUUCAGGGUCUCUGUCCCACCUUUUGGUUUCAGCACAUACACAAUCUCCGACGCCAAAAUUGCAGGUGCUCACUCAACUAAUCCAUCUGUAUACAAAUCCAAAAGAAGCCUGAAAUCUGCAACUGAAGUGGGGCAGGGAAAUUUGAAACUCAGUCGUUCAGCUUUUGGUGGGAAGCCAACUAGUUACACUAAUAGUAGGAACUCAGUGAAGGAGCAGGUCUAUCAGACCUUUAGUUUCUACGGUGGAUAUAAUGGAACCAACGACAAAAGCCCUCAAAAUGGCGGGGCAUACAUCUUUCGACCAAAUGGGACAUAUCCCUUAGAACCUGAAAAGCAGGUUCCGCUGGCCGUCAUUCGUGGGCCGGUGGUAGAGGAAAUUCACGAACAGAUCAAUCAAUGGAUAUAUCAGGUUACGAGACUAUACAAAGGAAGUGAGCAUGUUGAAGUGGAGUUUAUAGUCGGCCCGGUACCCAUUGAUGAUGGAAUCGGGAAAGAAGUUGUAACUCAGAUAACAACUUCCAUGAAAACCAAUGGAACAUUCUACACAGACUCAAAUGGACGUGACUUUAUCACAUCAAGCAAACUGAAUGAAUUUCCUCCACAGAUUCGUGAUUAUAGAACAGAUUGGAACCUGGAAGUGACUGAACCAGUUGCUGGAAAUUAUUAUCCGCUUAAUCUUGGAAUUUAUGCCAAAGACGACAAAAAAGAACUUUCAGUUCUUGUGGAUCGAGCUCUUGGAGGAGGUAGCAUAAAGGACGGACAAAUAGAACUGCUACUCCAUAGGAGACUUCUACUCGAUGAUUCCAGAGGUGUUGAUGAGGCACUUAAUGAAACAGUUUGUGUUCAUAACAAGUGCAUGGGAUUAACGAUCCAAGGAAAAUACUAUUACCGAAUCGACCCCGUAGGAGAAGGUGCUAAGUGGCGCCGAUCAUUUGGCCAGCAGAUAUAUUCACCUUUGCUGCUAGCCUUUGCAGAAGAGGAUGGAGAUAAGUCCACAAACUCUCACGUAGCCACCUUUUCGGGCUUUGCUCCCUCCUACAGUUUACCUGAUAAUGUUGCUGUCAUAACCCUCCAGGAACUAGAUGAUGGGAAGGUGCUUCUUCGAUUAGCCCAUCUAUACGAGGUUGGAGAGGACAAGGAUCUUUCAGUCAAGACAACUGUAGAACUAAUGAAAUUAUUCCCGGGAAAGAAGAUAGGGCAGGUGGUCGAAACGAGCUUGUCUGCCAACCAAGAAAGGUCGGAGAUGGAGAAGAGGAGGCUUGUGUGGAAAGCGGAGGGAUCAUCAUCAGAUGAAACAGCGAGAAGGGGCAGGCCAAUCGAUUAUACGAAGCUGGAGGUGGAGUUGCUGCCGAUGGAAAUUCGAACGUUUCUCAUAGACAUGGUUGCCGAUACCCUGAAGGCCACGGUUCUAUGAAGUGUUUAGAUUGUGGAGAAGUUGAGAGAGAUGAAAUGAGAGGGCUUUCUUGUGACAUGAUACGGAUUCAAUCAAUCCACCUGUAUUUUAUGGCUUAGCUUCAGCAGAAAACGGAGAGAAAAAAUAAAAUUUGUCUGCUUUGAUCUCUGCCUUACGUUUGCAACAAAAGAGAAGAGGAGAGAACAUAGGCUCUAGUAAGAAUGAGAACCCAGUGGUGGCUAGCAUUUCGAAACGUUUCGAGGUGUCAAAACUAAAAACGAAUGUGAGAAAUUGUCGCGAUAUACUGUCUGAAAUGUGAAUAAGGAAUA